UCUUCCUCCACUUUAAAACCUUUCCCCUGAUUUACUCGUUUUAUAAACACUUUAACCUUAGUUUCUUCUUUCAUUUAUACUUUUACAAGUUUUUUUAUCGUAUGGACGCAUUUUAAUCCUGGAGUAGAUAAGCGUAUGGGACGGAACGUAUUUUCCCCAGUCUACUAUGGAUGAGGAGAGAGAGGAGGGGGUUCUUACCUCUAAGACCACUCUGUCUGGGGAACAUGGCCGCCGGAGCAAAGCUAAGAGGCCAGAGCAGCAGGAGAGAGCAGAAUCCCCUGGACCCAGCCGUUUCUCCAUGAAGAGCAUACGUAACCUGUUCAGAAAAAAGGAGCAAAUUCAUGAACAAGGAACACUCCAGUGGCAGAGAGCAGACUCCCCUGGAUCCAGCUGUGUCUCCACGAAGCGUUACUGUUCUUUGGAACAACGUCAUAACUUUAAAGAUGAAAAUCACCAACCUUCUAAGGAAAGACAACACCAGGAGUGGUCAAAGGUUACCAGUGCUCAGUCUGUACAGCAGCAUCAAACAGAGCUGAUCAAGAGGGCUGAGGAGAACGCACACGCUUUUCUAGACAAGGAGCUGAAGAAGCUCUGGAGGGAUCUCUUCUCAGAUUACCCACAAUGCUCAGAGAGUCAGAGGGAGGAGGAGGAGGUGGAUGAUAAGAAGGAGGAGCAGAGGAGGCGCGCCAUAGAGGGAGUGGUGCACAUCACAAUACUCUGCCUGAUGGAGAUGAACAAGAAGGGACUGGCCGACAAACUGUUGAGCGGAUAUGCUGCUGUCGAGUGCCAACAUAAAAUCAAGUCUCGUUUGAGGAAGAAGUUCUGGUGUGUGUUUGAGGGAAUCGCUAAAGCAGGACAUUCAACACCUCUGAAUGAGUUUUACACAGAGAUCUUCAUCACAAAGAGAGGCAGUGGAGAGGUCAACCAGGAACAUGAGGUCAGGCUGAUUGAAGCAGCUUCCAGGAAACCAGCUGAGGAGGAAACACCAAUCAGAUGUGAGGACAUCUUUAAACCAUUACCUGGAGAAAAUAAACCAAUCAGGACAAUAAUGACAACGGGAGUAGCCGGCAUUGGUAAAACCAUCUUAACAAAAAAGUUCACUCUGGACUGGGCUGAAGGAAAAACCAACCACGACAUAAACUUCACAUUUCUCCUCACCUUCAGAGAGCUGAAUUUACUGAAAGGGAAAGAGUUUAGCUUGGUGGAACUUCUUCAUCACUUCUUUAUUGAGACCAAAGAAGCAGGAAUUUGCAGAUACGACAGGUUCCAAAUUGUCUUAAUUUUGGAUGGUCUGGAUGAGUGUCGACUUCCUCUGGACUUCCAGAACAACCCGAUCUGUAAUGAUGUCACAAAGUCCACCUCGGUGGACGUGCUGCUGACAAACCUCAUCAGGGGCGACCUGCUACCCUCUUCUACCAUCUGGAUAACCACACGCCCUGCGGCAGCCAAUCAGAUCCCUGCUGAGUGUAUUGACAUGUUGACAGAGGUCAGAGGGUUCACCGACCCACAGAAGGAGGACUACUUCAGGAAGAGAUUCAAAGACGAGACGCUGGCCAGCACAAUCAUCUCCCACGUCAAGAAAUCACGAAGCCUCCACAUCAUGUGUCACAUCCCAGUCUUCUGUUGGAUCACUGCUAGAGUUCUGGAGGACUACUUCAAAACAUCCCAGAUAGAAGAAGAGACGCCCAAGACCGUGACUCAGAUGUACAGCCACUUCCUGAGGGUUCUGUCCAUAGAGGGGGACAGGAAGUAUCGUUCGAUAGCUGAAACAGAUUCACGAUGGAGUUCACAGAGCAGGCACAUCAUUGAUUCUCUGGGAAAACUGGCUUUUAACCAGCUGGAGAGUGGCAACCUGAUCUUCUACGAGGACGACCUGGCAGACUGUAAAUAUUAUUUCCACGAAGCCUCAGUGUACUCAGGAGUGUUCACCGAGAUCUUUAAAGAGGAGUGUGGGCUGUACUCAGGUGAGAAGUUGUUCUGCUUUGUCCAUUUGAGCAUCCAGGAGUUUCUGGCUGCCCUUUAUGUAUUUCGGUCCUUCGUCCACAAGGGUGUCAAUCUGCUCUCAGAAAAACAACCAACCUUGGGUGAAGAUAAACUCCUCCUCUUCUACCAGAGUGCUGUGGACCAGGCCUUGCAGAGUGAGAACGGACACCUAGACUUGUUCCUCCGCUUCCUCCUGGGCCUCUCUCUGGAGGCCAAUCAGAAUGUCCUACGAGGUCUGCUGGGACAGACAGGGAGUAGAAAAACGUUCACUCAGUUUAAACAAGGUAUGCUGAGACAGAAAAGAAGUAGCUCACAGACCAACAAGGAUACCGUGUCUUACAUCAAGAAGAAGAUAGAUGGUGGAGAUCUCUCUCCAGAGAGAAGCAUCAAUCUGUUCCACUGUCUGAAUGAGCUGAACGACCGUUCUCUAGUGGAGGAGAUCCAGCAGUUCCUGACAUCCGGAAGUCUCUCCAGAAAAUCUCUGUCUCCUGCUCAGUGGUCAGCUCUGGUCUUCAUCUUACUGUCAUCAGAAGAGGAGCUGGACGUGUUUGACCUGAAGAAAUACUCUGCUUCAGAGGAGGGUCUUCUGAGGCUGCUGCCAGUGGUCAAAGCCUCCAAAACAUCUCUAAGGCUGAAUAGCUGUGGUCUGUCGGAGAGAUGCUGUGAAGCUCUGGCCCCAGUUCUCAGCUCUGACUCCUCUAGUCUGAGAGAGCUGGAUCUGAGUACCAAUGAUCUGCAGGAUUCAGGAGUAAAGCUGCUCUCUGCUGGACUGGGGAGUCCACACUGCACACUGGAAACUCUCAGGCUUAAUGGCUGUCAUCUGUCAGCGAGAAGCUGUGAAGCUCUGGCCUCAGUUCUCAGCUCCAACUCCUGUAGUCUGAGAGAGCUGGACCUGAGUACCAAUGAUCUGCAGGAUUUCGGAGUGAAGCUGCUCUCUGCUGGACUGGGGAGUCCACACUGUACACUGGAAACGCUCAGGCUUAAUGGCUGUCAUCUGUCAGAGGAAUGCUGUGAAGCCCUGGCCUCAAAUCUCUGCUCCAAGUCCUCUAGCCUGAAAAAGCUGGACCUGAGUACCAAUGAUCUGCAGGAUUCAGGAGUGAAGCUGAUCUCUGCUGGACUGGGGAGUCCACACUGUACACUGGAAACUCUCAGCCUCAAUGGCUGUCAUCUGUCAGAGAGGUGCUGUGAAGCUCUGGCCUCAGUUCUCAGCUCCAAGUCCUCUAGUCUGAAAAAGCUGGAACUGAGUACCAAUGAUCUGCAGGAUUCAGGAGUGAAGCUGCUCUCUGCUGGACUGGGGAGUCCACACUGUACACUGGAAACUCUCAGCUUGUCUGGCUGCCUGGUCACACAGGAAGGCUGUGCUUCUCUGGCCUCAGCUCUGAGCUCCAACCCCUCCCAUCUGAGAGAGCUGGACCUGAGCUACAAUCACCCAGGAGACUCUGGAGCUGCGCUGCUCUCUGCUGGACUAGAGGAUCCACUCUGGAGACUGGACACUUUCAGUGUGGAGCACGGUGGAGCGUGGAGGCUGAAACCAGCUCUAAAGAAGUGUAAGUGUUUGUUUGAUUCAUCACAUCACACACUCACUAUUGAGAUGGAAAGUCCAUCCACACAGCAGGAAGUGAGGUCACAUCCUACUGGGAAUGAAGAUGAUGGCUGACAUCAUGUAUCUUACGUAUAUUAAUACUGUCCACCAUCACAGUUAAA